AUGGGAAAGAAGCGUGUACUUUGUGGUUAUGGCAUCGAUGUAGAUGCGGUCUCCGGAUGGAUCAACACGCAGAACGGCGACAAGGCUGAUGCUACCAACAUUUCUCGGGGCAUUUUUGGUGCCACCGUGGGCGUGGAUCGACUGCUUGGGUUGUGGAAGAAGUACAACAUCAAAGCAACUUUUUUCACUCCCGGCCAUAGUAUCGAAACAUUCCCGAAGCAAAUUGCCAAAAUUCGUGACGGUGGCCAUGAAAUCGCAAUCCACGGCUAUACACAUGAAAUCAUGACCAAACUCACGACCCAGCAACAGAAAGACGUCUUGACCAAGUGUGUGGAUGUCAUUACAGCGUUCACCGGCAAGCCUCCUGUGGGCUAUACUGCCCCCGGAUGGGCGACAACCAAAGACACCGUCCGUCUUCUGGAAGAAGCUGGCAUCAAGUACGAUCACAGUUUCAUGCACCAUGACUGUCAGAUGUACUGGGUGCCUAAGAUGGAUCAGACAUGGGUGGAGACGGACUACUCGAAGGAUCCUUCCCACUGGAUGAAGCCGAUGGGGGAACUCACUCACAGCAACGUUGUCGAAGUCCCUGCUAACUGGCAUCUGGAUGAUUGGCCUCCUCUGAGCUACGUCACGGGCAGGCCCUCGCACGGAUUUGUUGACCCAGAUGUCGUGCUCAAACUCUGGAAGUCGCAAUUUGACUUCUACUACCGAGAAUACGACACGUUCGUCUUCCCCAUUUCUAUCCACCCUCAAGUUAGCGGCAAGGCCCAGGUGAUGCUCCUGCAUGAGAAACUGAUCGAGUAUAUCAACACUCACGAGGGAGUAGAGUGGAUGACUCUGGCCGACAUGGCAGAAGAGUUCCGUGCGGGCCGUAUAGAGGGAUAUCAUGUUGAAGGUGGAGCAGCAAAGGGAAUCCUCGACGACUGAUCAAUGUUAUCUCGGGUUGACAUGUAGAAUGGAAAGAAUAAC